UUGCUAGUCUGCUAUACGGCCUUUUAAUUUGUAGCUCUUUAAAUCUUUAGUUAUAGCUCAAAGGCAUUCUGCUUGAAAAUCUAGAUAGAUAGUAUACUCAAUUUCAAGUAUGGCAUCAUCAUCUUCUUCUUCUUCUUCAUCAUAUGCUCGCACAUAUGAUGUUUUCUUGAGUUUUAGAGGUGAGACACGAGGAUCCUUUUCUGAUCAUCUCUAUGCAUAUUUGAGGCGAGCUGGGAUUAACACUUUUCGAGAUGAUGAAUCGAUUCGGAGAGGCGAGGAUAUUUCCGUUGAGCUGUCUAAGGCCAUAGAGGAGUCAAGGAUAUCCAUCAUCGUAUUCUCCAAAGACUAUGCCGGAUCUAGAUGGUGCCUAGAUGAGCUUGUGAAGAUCAUGGAAUGUAAACAGAAGUUGAACCAGAUUGUUUUUCCUAUAUUUUACGAUGUUGAUCCUUCAGAGGUUCGGAAACAGACUGACAUGUUUGGUUUUGCAUUGACCCAACAUAGAGAACGAUUUGAAGAUCAAAAAGUUAAUGAGUGGAAAGUUGCACUCACUGCAGCUGCUAAUUUGUCUGGAUGGAAUUUACAAACCAUGAAAAUUCGGUAUGAGUCAAAGUUCAUUGAGGCAAUUACUAAAGAUGUGUUAGGGGUGCUGAAUUUUAUGCCCAUGAAUGUUGCAAAGCAUCCUGUUGGAAUUAAUUCUCGUGUUCAAGAUAUACUUGAUUUAUUACAAGCUCAAACAAAUAAUAGUGUUCGAAUGAUUGGAAUUUUUGGCAUGGGUGGUGCGGGAAAAUCAACCCUUGCUAAAGCCAUAUACAAUCACUUGAUCAUGAGUUGUCACGGGUUUGAAGUGUGCUGAAAGUCAAGGAA